AUGGCAUCGCCUCAAUCUCAGGACAAAAGGGAAGGCAACAUAUCCGACUCAUUCGUGUCUCUUUCCGGGAAAGGCGGACCGCCACUGCCUGAACGAUUCCUUGAGCUCAAGAAAACACUAAUCAGCGGCCACGAGGAUCGUGUUAUUGCGAGCUGGCAACGACUACUCGCUCAGCUCAGCCGCGAAAACGAGACGGUUGCGAAAGAAGGUCCACAGAUUGUCCCUAGCCUAGAGUUCAAGGACCUUGAAGGUGAUCUCACGAGGCUGCGUGGCGAGCUUAGGAAGAGAGGAGUCGCCGUCAUCCGAGGCGUAAUCCCAGAAGACGAAGCUCGUGCAUUCAAGGGCGAAAUUGAGGAGUAUGUACGCCAGAACCCCUCGACUAAAGCAUAUCCAGAAGGCAACCCGCAAGUCUAUGAGCUGUAUUGGUCAGGCCCGCAGACCCGCUCACGAGCUCAUCCCAACUUGUUGAAAGUCCAAACGGCGCUCAUGGAACUGUGGCAUUCUUCUGACCCCGAAAGUGCCAUCUCCACAUCGCAGCCGCUGGCAUAUGCAGACCGCUUGCGCAUCAGACAACCCGGCGACGCAACCUUCGCACUCGGUCCUCACAUCGACGGAGGUAGCGUCGAGCGGUGGGAACUCCACGGAUAUGGGCUCGGUGGGGUCUACAACAAGAUCUUCAAGGGGUCAUGGGAAGAAUUUGACCCGUGGGAUGCCAGCACGCGAGUAUCUGCAGUCAUGGACAACUACAACGGGCUGGGAGCCUGCUCAAUGCUCCGUAUGUUUCAGGGCUGGUUAAGCAUGAGCCAUACGAAGCCGCUAGAGGGCACAUUGAUGGUGAACCCACUGCUUCAACUGUCAGUGGCGUACUUGCUCCUUCGUCCCUUCUUCCGGCCCAUCAAUGAAGCCAAAGACACCCAAGGCGACGAGUACCUGGCGGCAGAGAACUGGCUGUUUGCGGGCACCGAGAUGACGAGUGAGCUUCAAGGGGCGACGCCUGGUUACGGACAGGAGCUCAACGCAGAGUUGCAUCCGCACCUCGAGCUCGAUAAGACCAUGAUCCACAUGCCGCAAGUCAAGCCCGGCGACUUCGUGGUGUGGCACUGUGACACAAUUCACGCCGUAGAUAAGGUCCACAAGGGCAAAAUGGACUCGAGUGUCUUGUACAUCCCGAUAUGUCCUGUUACCGAGUCAAAUGCAAAGUAUCUCCUUCGCCAGAAGAACGCUUUCUUGAACGGUAUCCCUGGACCGGACUUCCCAGGUGGACAAGGCGAGGCAAACCAUGUCAACAGGCCUACCGAAGAGUACCUCCGUUCAUGCGCCGGUGCUAAUGGACUGCGAGCAUUCGGCUUCGAAAAACUCGUUGCCGCUGAUACUGAUGGCCCAGGCGCAAGGGCUAUCGCUGCCAAGGCGAACGAGAUUCUGGGCCUUUAG